AUGCUUACUCCAAUUCUCUCCUCUCUUUCAUCCACUUCCACUCCAUUUCCUUAUUCUCCUUCCCUCCAUUCUUCCUCUUCAUCUAUCAUUAACUUGCCCCUCACCAUUCCCUACAAAACAACUAAAAAACUACCAACAGCCCAUUAUUCAUUUCAAGUUCAAGCAUCAUCUUCCUCAAUGAUUAAAAAAGAAGUAGCUCGUAAAUCCCAAAAGUCACAAACAUUUCUUCGAGAAUCUGAUAAAGGAUCCUCUGUUACAUCAAAUGCGAGUUGUAUUAGAGGUCGGUUUGAGAAGAUGAUCAGAGAGGUGCAAGACGGUGUUUGUUUGGCUUUGGAGGAAGUGGAUGGAAGAGCAAAGUUUAAAGAAGAUGUUUGGUCAAGGCAUGGUGGCGGUGGUGGUGGAAUCAGUAGGGUUUUGCAAGAUGGGGCUGUUUGGGAGAAGGCUGCUGUUAAUGUUUCUGUUGUUUAUGGUGUUAUGCCUCCUGAAGCUUAUCGGGCUGCUAGGCCCACUGACCAUGGAGAUGUCAUGCCCGCAUUAGCUCAGUAAGUUUCUACAUUUCUGAUUUGAUCAAAUUCUGUGCUGCAUCCAAAAAAUCCAUUUGCACCAACUUUGCAUUUUAAUUAUCGUUACUUUGAGACUGAUGCUUCAAAAGAUACACCAGGAGCACCAAGGCAAUGGUGGUUUGGUGGUGGUACUGAUCUUACACCUUCUUACCUUUUCGAGGAGGAUGUGAAGCACUUCCAUUCGGUGCAAAAAACUGCUUGUGACAAAUUUGAUGCUAGCUUCUACCCUCGAUUUAAGAAAUGGUGUGAUGACUAUUUCUAUAUUAAGCAUCGUGGUGAGAGACGAGGUCUUGGAGGAAUAUUUUUUGAUGACUUGAACAACUAUGAUCAAGAAAUGCUUCUUUCCUUUUCAAAAGGUAAAUGGUGUGAAAGACGACACCUGCUUAUAAAUAAUCUUUGUUAA